AUGGGCACCAAAGGGUCGAAAGAACAGCUGAAUUCUUCGUCGACCACCAACCUGCCACCACCAAUGCCACAAGUGAGCCGAGCUCGAGCCAAUAGCGAUGUGCCUGCACCAUUCGAGCGACAAAAGACAGCACGCAAAGCGACCAACUACUCCCUCACUUCCUCACACGCUCGAAAGAACAGCUUAGAGCUCACAUUUCGCGAUGGCCCACCAGCUGGCACCACAGCCGUCGACUCAAUAUCACUCCUCCGCUCAUCUAUCCUCUCCUCCGGAGUCACAGCCACUAAGGAAGGUCUGUCCGACUACCGAAUCUACCUCUGGCUCGCCCUCCUCAACAUCGGCCCAUUCUCCACAGACCAAUACCUAGCCUUCAUCCACCGUGGUCAGAGUCCAGCCUACGACAAGAUCCACCAGGAUGUCUUCCGCACUCUCGCAACCGAUGCCCUCUUCCAGCGUCGAGUCACCAACGCCUCCCUCACACGAGUCCUCAACGCCACCGCAUGGCGGAUACACGACGAGCAGAACUCGACCAACCCACCACCAGCCACAAACCAAACACUCUACGUCCAAGGCGUCAACGUCCUCUCCGCACCCCUCCUCUACGCCUCCCGUUCCGAGUCGCAAGCUUACUCUCUCCUGACCUGCCUCCUCACGACUUACAUCCCAACCUAUAUCUCACCUACCAUGUCUGGUGUGCACGCCGGUCUCGAGCUCAUCGACCGCAUCCUUCUCGACCGCGAGCCCAACCUGGCCGCUUUCCUGCAAGAAAAACACAAGCUUCCAGCCAAAAUCUACGCUUUCCCCUCCGUGCUUACCCUCUGCGCAUGUACGCCACCUUUACCCGAAGUGCUGAAGUUGUGGGACUUUCUCUUCGCUUUUGGCGUGCACCUGAACAUCAUUUGUGUGGUGGCACAACUGGUGCUCAUGAAGCAAAAGCUGUACGACAGUCCGAGUCCCGGGAAGUUGCUGAGGAGCUUCCCACAGCUGGACGCUGGCAAGAUUAUUCAGGUGACGCUGGGAAUCGCGAAAGACAUGGACGAGGCUUGUACGCCGAAGUGGUUAGGCAUGGAAAGGGGACUUAGCAGGUCACGAGGAGUGCCGGCCGAAAGACUCGGUCGAUAA